CGUCUCUCUUCCAACUCGAAAGCCAGUUUGUACUUGGCGCCCUCCACGAGUCUACGGAGAACGCGCUGCUCCGUUCACUUAACGGGAUUGACAAUGAACCCGUUCAUACUGCGCAACAACACAUGUUUUACAAACUUGCAGAGGGACUUGCAUUUUUAGUUAAUCGUCAAUUAAUAUCAGUGGACUUGUGCCAAAGUGCUUUUAAACUGAAGACAAAGAUUAAAUAUCUUGACGAGUUUUUGUAUAUCCCGACGAUCGUCCUCGAAAAUCAACGGUAAAAAAAAAGAAGAAACAACAAAAAAAAAGAAAAAGCUAGUGUAACAAUCUGAUCAGCUUUUAGCUGUCAUCAUAUCUGUGUGUCUCCUCAUCUUCCGUUGAAUCCUCAAUCUUCCACCUACCUCUCUGCACCCUGCUCUUCAACUGUUCCAGGUUUCGCCGCCUCUUCCUUCCUCUCUAUCCCCUUCCCUUGGCUCUCGUCACUUUGCCAUCCUCUUUUCACGUCCAGUGGUCCAGGCGCGCCGCCUCUCUUGCUCCCUUGCUCUCUCCCACCUAAUCCUAUACUAUCUUCGUCCUACUCCCGGCGGACCGGAUUCCAUCGAAAAGAAACGACGAUUCGGCGAGGAUAGUCGCGACCGAUCAUAGCUGGCGCGUCGAUCGGAUCAACGGACGGACAGCUUGUCUACUGCUUCAGUAUUGGAUUCUUACCUUUUCCUUCCACUUGCAUUAUUACUCUUCUGUGACCACUACUCGAUGAGUUAUCCUCUUGGUGGUUUGACAUUUUCCAACUUAGGACAGUCGUAACAAGUAAUCAAGUCAAGUGUCUGUUGUAAGAGUAGUGACAAUUCUUAUCUUCUAACAUAAGAAAAGGAUACUAAAGUGCAACUCUUACUUAUCUCAACGACAUCAGUUAUUUAUUUUAAAAAGAAAAUCAUUAUUUAGUGACAGUGUUUAUAUUCAUAAGUUUCAUUAACCUGUGAUAUAUUUGGAUCUUUACACAAUCAUCAUCAUCAUUUACAAAAUAUUUUAUUGCUUUAACAAUUGUUGGAAAAAUUAUUCAAACGUUUAUUUUGACGUUUGGAAAAAUUUCUUCUAUGAAACUUGCAACAUAAGCAUUGAUUUACGACCUGUCCACGUUGACGGUCGUACUUAAAAGCCUAGUGUCGUGUUAAUUAAGUGAUUUUUUCAUACAAAUGUGCAGUAGCAGGUGGCAGUGAUCAUGAUGAUCGCGUAGCGAAUCACGACAAUCACGGCCCUCAGUGGCCGACACAUCAUGUCACAGUUCUCUUAUAAAGGAUCACCAAAUUUACAGUGUCCCGUGACAGUAAGUGCGGCUCUAGCAUCAUCAUCACCAUCACCAGCUUCAGUAUCAAUUUUGAACGUAAGCUCCGCAUCAGCAGCAGGAGGUGGCGACACCCACCCCCUGGGGACAGCACUUUCCAGCACGAGAAUGGCAGUGACGAGUGCAAUUAUCAGACCACCAGGAAGUCCAACAACUUCGGUUAGUCCAUCUCAGCCACAUGCACCGCCAGCGACGGCAGGCGCUGGCCCGCCUGGAAGUGGCCGAUGUUGCGACACUGGAAGACCCAUCUUCACCGAUCCUGUCACUGGCCAGUCCAUUUGCUCGUGUCAGUACGAGUUGUUAGGAGCUGGCUAUCAAAGACUUGGAGGCAUCGCACCAGCAGCAUUAUCGAUGUAUAGCGCACCUUACGCUGCUGCUGCUGCAGCAGCUGUUGCCUCCGAGGGUAUGGCGGCUGCUUAUUUUCCUACUCUUGGAGCUGAACAGACGCCUUUUUAUUCUCCCACGGCCGCAGGACUGGAUUUAAAGGAAAAUUUGAGCGCGGGUGCAACACCAGGAUGGCCAUAUCCUGCAGUUUAUCAUCCUUAUGAUGCAGCUUUUGCCAGUUAUCCAUUCAACGGUUAUGGAAUGGAUCUAAAUGGCGCUAGACGGAAAAAUGCUACUCGUGAGACAACAAGUACUCUCAAAGCUUGGUUAAAUGAGCACAAAAAAAAUCCCUACCCCACCAAAGGCGAAAAAAUCAUGUUAGCAAUCAUAACCAAGAUGACCCUAACUCAAGUAUCAACGUGGUUUGCUAACGCACGAAGAAGACUAAAAAAAGAGAACAAAAUGACGUGGGAGCCACGAAAUAGGGUGGAAGAUGAAGAUAAUAAUAACGACGAUGAUGAUAGUGGAAGAAAAAGUGUCGAUGAGAAAGACCGAUUAGACUCCAAAGAUUCAGGAACGGGUUCGAGUGAAGAUGGAGAACGUCCAGCGAAUCGCUUAGAUCUUUUGCAUGAUUCUAGUGGUGCUACAGGAGGUCUUCAGUGGAGUGAGUCUCGAGCAGACAGUGGUCCUGAUAGUCCUGAAUGUCUUUAUGACCAACGAGAACCACCAGCGAGGCAUCAAUUGCAACUACAACAUCCCGCGUACUUAGCAUCAGCUCAUGGUCGUCUUUUACGCCAUCCCUCGCCCGAAAGUACAUCGCCGAGCGGUGUUGGUAGUGGAACGACAGUCCAUUUACCAACCUCAACGAGUACUUCAACAACGAGUAGUGUUAGCGAAAAUGCCAAACCUAGAAUUUGGUCUUUAGCAGAUAUGGCAAGUAAAGAUGGGGAGCAACCGAGUGCUAAUGCUACAAUAACUGGAUUAUCAUCACCUUAUCAAGCAACAACUGGAGGAGGAAAAAUUGUUAGUCCAUUAGCCAAUAGAUUUCCUUCUCAUCAUCAUAUUCAUCCUGCAAUGCACUCUAGCUCUCAAUAUGUCAGGCCUCAUCCAGACUUCUACAGAAAUUUUUAUGGAGCUGCAUCACAGCUGGGAUCUGGUGACAUGGCCUUUUUGGAAACAUAUUCAAGAACACUUGGAGGUCUUGGGGGUGUUAUGCCACCUGCCAGCGUUCCAGGUAUGUUAACAACAGCUUCACCUUCGGUCUCUUCAGCAUCGAGCAAACCAUUUCCUCUGAAUGGCUCCAAUUCAGGUCCACCUGUCAUAUUGACAGCUUCAUCAGAGGUUUCACCAUCAGCAUCAUCAACUGCUUCUUCCGGUGGUUCUGAUCAACGAUCUCCUCACCCCAGUGACGGUAAUCAUCCGCCAUCAGAGCUUAAAUCCCCUGGUCGAGUGUGAUUUCAUUAAAAGCCGCGUCGUGUAUAAAAACAAAAUUACUUAAAAAGAUUGAAACUCAACGACGUAUACUUGUGGCUGACAAUAACAGACUUUAAAAGUCUUGUAAUUAGUGUACAGUUCUAAUAAUUUCCCAAACAGAUACGUAAUGCCUUUCCUCUCCUGGCCCCCUUUCCUUUAAAUUACACUGACACUCGAAUAAUAAACAAAACAACAA